AUGUCUUCCUCGGACGCGCCGUUGAGUCCGACUGCCGUGUCUUGUCCGGCCAAAGUCCUAGUCGCCGGUGGCUACCUUGUGCUCGACCGGGACUACACAGGCUUGGUAUUUGGCCUGGACGCGAGAAUCCACUCUCUUGUAGAGCCUGUCAAGACGAGGUCUGGCGUCACCAUCAAUGGUAUCCUGGUGACCAGCCCCCAAUUCCGUGAGGCCAUCUGGGAGUAUGGCUACAGGCUGCAGGACGGAGAUGCCGGGAUCGCCGUAACCCAACUCAGCAUCGGCCAUGAACAAUCCAUCGCCCAAUCCCGCAACCCCUUCAUAGAAACCGCUCUCACUUAUGCCCUAACCUACAUCCACUCCCUCCGCCCCAACACCCUCAUCCAGCCCUCCAACAUCCGCAUCCUAGCCGACCAGGCCUACUACUCAAACCCGGGCACUGCCCGCACUUCCACCACAUCCGACAAAGUCUCUCGCUUCCAAGACUUCAAUGUCUCUCUCCGAGAAGCACACAAGACCGGACUGGGUAGCAGUGCAGCCCUCGUCACGAGCUUCACAGCCGCAGUCCUAGAUUUCUAUCUCCCCAAGAACCUUUUCGACCUCACCACCGAAAAAGGUCAGAUGAUCCUGCACAACCUAGCCCAGGCAAGCCACUCGUAUGCCCAAGGCAAAGUCGGUUCAGGCUUCGACAUCGCAAGUGCGGUCUUCGGAUCUUGUCUCUACAAACGCUUCUCACCCUCGCUGCUCAGCAACCUCCCCCAGCCCGGCACUGCCGGCUUUGCAACAAAGCUUCGCUCGCUCGUCGAGGGCUCCGCAUGGGAUACCGAGAUCAAGAAGGCUGCCAUCAAGAUGCCCAAGGGCCUCCGCCUCGUCAUGUGCGACGUCGACUGCGGAAGCGAGACGCCCGGUAUGGUCAAGAAGGUCCUCGCAUGGCGAGCAGAACAGCAGGAGGAAGCAAACAAGAUCUGGAACGAGCUGCAGACUGGAAACGAAGCUUUGGCUGCCGAGCUUACUCGUCUGGCGACCGAUGAGCAGGGCGAGGAUUUCUCAAAGUACGAUGCCCUCCGCCAGAUCAUUUCUCAGAACCGUGCUUUGAUUCGCGCCAUGGGUGAGAAGUCGGGCGUGCCCAUUGAGCCGCCUCAGCAGACUCGUCUGUUAGAUUACUGCUCCACCCUCGAGGGUGUCGUCGGGGGUGUUGUACCCGGUGCUGGUGGCUUCGACGCCAUCGUUUUGCUUGUACAGGACAAGGAUGAGGUGCUGCAAAAACUCAAAUCAUCCCUGGCUCAGUACAACGAUCCAGAGGCCACGGGCAAGGUGGGUGUCAUUGGUGUAAGGGAAGAGAUGGUAGGUGUCAAGGCUGAAGACCUCAGUCUGUACAAGGAGUGGGAGUAG